CGCAGCCGCAGGGACCGGCGGACGCAGCAAAGGCGGCGUGCGCUGCGGGCCGGAAGUUCCCUCAGAAAAACCACGCAUCUCCCCAGCCCACCAUGGCAGACGAAAUUGAUUUCACUACCGGAGAUGCGGGGGCUUCCAGCACAUACCCUAUGCAGUGCUCAGCCCUGCGCAAAAACGGCUUCGUGGUGCUCAAAGGACGACCCUGCAAAAUCGUGGAGAUGUCAACUUCCAAGACUGGAAAGCAUGGUCAUGCCAAGGUACACCUUGUUGGAAUUGAUAUUUUCACUGGCAAAAAAUAUGAAGAUAUUUGCCCUUCUACUCACAACAUGGAUGUUCCAAAUAUUAAGAGAAAUGAUUAUCAACUCAUAUGCAUUCAGGAUGGGUACCUCUCCCUGCUGACAGAAACCGGUGAAGUCCGUGAGGACCUUAAGCUGCCAGAAGGUGAACUGGGCAAAGAAAUAGAAGGAAAAUACAAUGCAGGUGAAGACGUGCAGGUGUCUGUCAUGUGUGCUAUGAGUGAAGAAUAUGCUGUAGCCAUAAAGCCCUGCAAAUAGGACCAUCAGCACAAGCAAGUCCAUUAGAUCUGGAUCUAGUUGUCCCAAAGCUAUGGCCUUCAUAAGCAACCUCAUGUUUUAUUUUUGUUAUGUUUUUCUUUUAAAAUCGUGCUGGCUUAGUUUUGCAGGCAGUUAGUAAUUUAAAAGAACAUAUCAAGAUGUAUAAUUUUAUAAGUAUCUUUUCCUAUAACUUUCCUGUGGUUUUCACUGUGUGACCAUAAGAAACAGAUACAACAGCUUUAGUAGAUGUCACUUGUCUGAGCAAAUCACUCCUGAACUUAAGUGGUUAACAAACCAGGGUUUUAAAUCAACAAUGUAGCAUCUAGUGGAAUGGAAGUAUCAUGCAUUUUAAUUGAAUUGCUCUGUGCUGCUUUCAGAAUUAAUAUCUAGAAUUCAUAGAUUAUAAAAUGGAAUCAUCAAAGCUCCAUGCUCUUUGUGGCCAACACAGGUCCUGAAACUAAACUCCUGUUAUCAGAAAGUGUAUUAUCUUGGUGAUCAGGUGUCCCAUGUAUUUCCUUCAUCGUGUUUUUCUUUGCCCAACUGGUGGCAGAGCUACAUGGUUUUGGUACCUGUUGUGAUUCACAGAGGGAACUGAAUAAGUCUGAGCAAGUCAAACAAGUAGCAAAGAAGACACAAGGGCAGUGGCAAAGCAGGAGUUAAAACUGUAGGCUUUAUUUAAGACCUUUGUAUCAGCAUGCAAAGUAGAGGGAGCUCCGGUUAUAUUUUUUGCUUUGGGCUAUGUCCCUGACCUCUGCUCCAACACAGGAGGAGUGACCUUUGCCGGGGCUCUGCACUGCUCCCAGCCAUAACACCCAAAUGGUCAUGUUGGUAAUCUAGCCCUUCCAGCAAUUUUUAAGUAAUUUUUUUAUAUUAGUCUUUUAUUGGGAAUUUUUAAGUUGCUUUGGAAUUCUUGGCUUUAAAUUGAUUUGUUAAAUGUAUGUACACUUUUCUGACAUGGAAUAGAAGUAAACCAUAGAAGAAAUAUUACCUUAUUUUCAGUGUGUAUGUACUGUUUUAUUCUCUUGUGACUUACUGUUACUGAUGUGAAAUAUAACUAGGAGGGGAUUCUGUGAGCUGGAUUAUUUUACUGUGUUGUAGGUGAUGCUCCUCCACUUAUGUUUAGACUUUUGGAUUGUGUGUAGAUUGUACCCAAAAUCAUAGACAUAGUUGUGGGUUCGUGAGGAACUGACAAAAUCAUAAGUCACCGGACUGGAGUGCAGCUUAGAACAAAAUCCCUCUCAGUAACACCUUGAUUCUCUCAGGUCUCUUCUGUCAUGCCUAGACCCUCAAGUUCCUUUGUUCCCAUCUUAAAGAAAUGUACGACAAUGCAGCCAGUCUAAUCAGCAACUUGAAAUAGAUUAUAAAUGCAAGGUCCCAAGAUUUUAAUUGCUUAAUUUAUACGCAGUUUUAAAUCUUGUCUUGUCCUCCACAAACCAAUCCAGAAAAGAAGCAAGACACUGUAAGAGAAGUGCCAGG